CGGAAUCUGUCAGGAGAUGAUUUUUUUUCGUCCCCCACUUGCGCUGAGGAAAAAAAAAAGCCCGGAGUCUAACAUGGGAGAGGAAUAAAAGCCCGGUGGGACACAUGUUGGGACGGCUGGCCUCCUCCUGGCCCGUGUAGGUUGGUACCGGUGCUAGACAUCGAGCUGCUGCUCUGAUUGGAGUAACCAAAUCAAGAGACCCAUGGGGAUUGGCUGCUGCUGCUGGACGUCUGCUUCCUGCUUCCGGCUUUGAGGGAUUCUUCAGGGACCUGUCCCGAGUGUUGGAUCAGCCUGAACACACACACACACACCACCCCACACACACACACACAUACACGCACACACUCCCAGACAUCCUCAGUUUUGGCAGAACACGGCCUCCUGAUUACCACCCUGUAAAUCACAUCUGCACUUGUACAAACACACACACACACCGAGCCGGGCGCUCGCUUGCCGUACGGUGUGGACGCCCACCUGAUCAACCUGCCAGCGAUGACAUCACACAGCCACCAAGAGGGGAUCCUGGGAAAGGAGCAGCCGCUGGAGGUUCUGAAGACAUCGGCGCUCAACCACAUCCCAACAGUGGACAUCAACUCGGCGCUGCCCUUGCGUCUCCCUCCAGCCGCCAUCCCCAUGGACCUGCGCGUGGACCAUCACCAGCAACAGCAGCAACAGGUGUCCUCGCUCUCCCCGCCCGGUCAGCAGUCGCCCGGCUCCCUCGGAGGCACGGGCCAGGCCCCCGGUGGGGGCGUGGUGGGGGCCUCGGUUCGCGAGCAGCAGCUGCAGCAGGAGCUUCUGGCCCUGAAGCAGAAGCAGCAGAUCCAGCGGCAGAUCCUCAUCGCCGAGUUCCAGCGGCAGCACGAGCAGCUGUCUCGCCAGCAUGAGGCCCAGCUCCAGGAACACAUUAAGCAGCAGCAGGAGCUCCUGGCGUUGAAGCACCAGCAGGAGCUGCUGGAGCACCAGAGGAAGAUGGAGAACCACCGUCUGGAGCAGGAGCUGGAGAAACAGCAGAGGGAGCAGAAACUGCAGCUGCUGAAGAACAAGGAGCGAGGACAGGAGAGUGCCGUAGCCAGUACUGAGGUGAAGAUGCGUCUUCAGGAGUUUGUCCUUAACAAGAAGAAGGCCCUGGCCCAGCGGAGCCUCAACCAAGGAGGCCUCCCCAACGACGCUCCCUACUGGUACCGCAAAACCCAGCACAGCUCUCUGGACCAGAGCUCGCCUCCACAGACUGGCGUGUCCACCUACAACCACCCUGUGCUGGGUGUCUACAACCCCCGGGAUGACUUCCCACUGCGAAAAACUGCCUCGGAGCCCAACCUGAAGCUGCGCUCCCGGCUGAAGCAGAAGGUAAGCGAGCGGAGGAGCAGUCCGCUGCUGCGCCGUCGAGACAGCCCCAUCACCACCGCCAAGAAACGCUCGCUCGACAUGGCAGACUCGGCGUGUAGCAGCGCCCCCGGCUCAGGCCCAAGCUCCCCAAAUAACAGCUCCAACAACAUCCCCAAUGAGAACGGCAUCACUGUGUCAGUCUCCAACAACACAGAGGCGUCUCUGGCCCAGAGGCUGUGCAGCGGCGCUGAGCGGGGCUCCGUUAACCAGCUGUCCCUCUACACUUCACCAUCCCUACCCAACAUCACCCUGGGGCUGCCCGCAACUGCCACGGCCACUGCUGCUUCCAAUGUGACCUCGGCCCAGCAGGAUGGAGGUCUGCAGCCGGCCCUCUCCCUCAGCCCUCCCUUCCUCUCUGGUGGCCACUUGACCCCCUACCUGGCUGAGGCGGGAGCAGGAACAGGCGGACAUGGUGCACACAGUCCACUGCUCCAACACAUGGUGCUCAUGGAGCAGAGCCCGGCACAGAGCCCCCUGGUGACAGGCGUAGGUGGCCUGUCCAUGUCAUCGGCGUCCAUGGCCAAGCUGCAGCGGCAGCACCGGCCCCUGGGGAGGACUCAGUCGGCCCCGCUGCCCCAGGGGAGCGCUGCCCAGGCUCAUGCCCAAGCCCUGGCCCUGCAGCAGCUGGUGGUCCAGCAGCAGCACCAGCAGUUCCUGGAGAAGCACAAGCAGCAGUUCCAGCAGCAGCAGCUCCAUCUCAACAAGAUGAUGACCAAGCCCAGUGAGUCACCUGUGGGGCGUCAGCACCAGAGCCACCCCGAGGAGACGGAGGAGGAGCUGAGAGAGCACCAGGACGGUGGAGCUCUGCUGCCGGGGGUCACCAUCAAGCAGGAGCCCCUCGACCCGCAGGAGCUGCAGGAGGAGGCGAUGCAGCAGCACAGGGAGAGGGAGCGGGAGAGGCAGGCGGAGCAGGAGCUGCUCUUCAGACAGCAGGCCUUGUUGUUGGAGCAGCAGCGAAUUCACCAGCUCAGAAAUUAUCAGGCCUCCAUGGAGGCUGCCGGCUUGUCCAUCUCCUUCCCGGGACACCGCCCCCUGUCCAGGGCCCAGUCGUCCCCUGCCUCGGCUUCCUCUUUUCCAAUCAGCGUCCCGGCCCCUGAUCCUCCCGUCAAACCUCGAUUCACCACAGGUUUGGUGUACGACUCUUUAAUGCAGAAGCACCAGUGUAUGUGUGGAAACACCAACAGCCACCCGGAGCACGCAGGACGGAUUCAGAGCAUUUGGUCCCGGCUGCAGGAGACCGGGCUCAGAGCGCAGUGUGAGUGUAUCCGUGGGAGGAAGGCCACUCUGGAAGAGCUGCAGACAGUUCACUCUGAAGCCCACGUCCUGCUGUAUGGAACCAACCCUCUCCGACAGAAACUUGAUUGUUCAAUCACUCCCAUGUUCGUGCGGCUACCGUGUGGAGGGGUGGGGGUGGACAGCGACACCAUUUGGAACGAGGUCCACUCCUCCAGCGCGGCUCGUCUGGCUGUCGGCUCUGUGGUGGAGCUCGUUUUCAAAGUGGCUACCGGAGAGCUGAAGAAUGGUUUCGCUGUGGUCCGCCCUCCUGGACACCACGCAGAGGAGAGCACUCCCAUGGGUUUCUGCUACUUCAACUCUGUGGCCAUCGCGGCCAAACUGCUGCAGCAGAGACUCAGCGUCAACAAGAUCCUCAUCGUGGACUGGGACGUUCACCAUGGCAACGGCACCCAGCAAGCUUUCUACGAUGACCCUAAUGUCCUUUACCUGUCUAUUCAUCGCUAUGACGACGGCAACUUCUUCCCUGGAAGCGGAGCACCUGACGAGGUGGGCAGUGGUCCUGGAGUCGGGUUCAACGUCAACGUCGCCUUCACUGGGGGCCUCGACCCGCCCAUGGGAGAUGCAGAGUACCUGGCUGCCUUCAGGUCGGUGGUGAUGCCCAUAGCCAACGAGUUUGCUCCGGACAUCGUGCUGGUCUCUUCGGGCUUCGAUGCCGUGGAGGGACACCCUCCACCACUGGGCGGCUACACUCUAACGUCCAAAUGUUUUGGCUAUCUGACCAGGCAGCUGAUGACCCUCGCUGGAGGCCGAGUGGUCCUGGCUCUGGAGGGGGGUCACGACCUCACCGCCAUCUGUGACGCCUCCGAGGCGUGCGUGGCCGCCCUCCUCGGCCAGGAGCUGGACCCACUGCCAAAGGCUGUCCUCGAGCAGAGGCCCAACCCCAACGCUGUCCGCUCUCUGGAGAAAGUUUUAGAGACUCACAGUAAGUACUGGCGCUCGGUGCAUCGCUACUCACCACGGCUGGGUCUGUCCCUGCUGGAGGCCAAACGAGGAGACUCAGAGGAGGCCGAGGCGGUCAACGCCAUGGCCUCUCUGUCCGUGGCCAACACCAACACCAUGGAUCAGAGGCCGGAGGAGGAGCCGAUGGAAGAGGAGGAACCACUGUAACGGCGGGAAACACGAGGGUGUCACACUGCUACCAUUGACCUCUCCGGAGAACGCCUCUUUGAGCUGCGAAGAGUCGUGACUGAUCCCUUCAUUUAGUCCCCCUAACCCCACUCACCACGUCAGUCACCUUGAUUGGCGGCCCCUCGGCCAAAACGAGGGAGAGGGGGUGGGCUCAGCCUCAGAGAAGGGAGCCAAUCAGGAGACAGAGGACUGAAUUGGAAAAAAAAUUAAACAUAACAGUGUUGCCUUGGCGGCACUCGCUCAGAGACACUCAU